AUGAUGUUGGUUGGCUUACGUGCCGUUUUCGUCCUUCAGCUUCUGGUGGCCGGACAGGCGGGUCGGGUCACAGUUGCGGAGCACAACACCGGCUGGACCUGCUGUAUUGUGCCGGGCACCUCAUGGACGGCGGAGCAGAUGCUGGAAAUUUACAAGUUCGUGUUGUACCACCCUGCAGCCGGAAGCGACGAGGAGCGCGAGGCGAAUGCCAAGGAGCUUUGGGAUGCGGUCGACCUCGGCAGCAAGGUUGCGCCGCUGGAGAUGUCUGUGCCGGCACAAGAGCAAUGGCUGGCAAACUCGAAACAGGUCCAAGCUGCUGCAAAACUGGCAGACACCUUUGCCCACCAGAGCAGGGGCUUCUACAAGAACGGCUACUGGUUCCGACAUCAUGAGUGCCUCGCAGGGGUCCUCAUCGAACGCGUGGAGGAUGCCUGGCUUCAGCGAUGGCGGUGCGACGAGGGCAACAUGGAUUUCGCUUGGCUGGCUGUGUUGAGAGCCGAAGGAGCGUAUUCUUCGCAGAAGAUUUGGGCAGACGUGGGAAAAGUUCGGAGCAUUCAAAGCGACGUUCUGGCACGCAACAAGAAGGCGCAGGCUGAGCUAGCGAAGCUCGGAGACACUUACAAGGCCGAGGCCCAGAAGGUGCAGGCGAAGAUCGACGCGACAGCGGAGAGGGUUCAUGACGUCCAAGACAAGCUCACGCACAUGGAGAUGCAGUCGUCGUAG